AUGACGCUCGAGCGUGGUUUGGAUGAGCGAUCGCUCGCACGCGCGGACGAGGCACUCCUGUCGCUCGCCUACGUCGUGGCCGACAAGCCGUCGACGGCCGAAGAGGCUGCUGCUUCAUCUUCCGGAAAGCUCCUCGGCCAGGAGAUGGGAGCGCUGGAGUCGCUGGGCGAACGCCUGCGCGUGUACAAGACCGGAGCGAAGAUGGUCACCAGCGUCAUCAAGAUGGGCCUCGACCUCCACUCGGCACUGAGGAGGAACCCGUACACGCUGGCGGACACGUGGGAGGACGUGUCGAAGCAAUUCGUCCAGAACGUGGCGCUGCUCUUCGAGGACCAGUCCUACACCUACGGCGAACUCAACCACGCCGCCAACAGGGUCGCGAACUGGGGUCGCGAGGAUGCCCAGCUCAAGGCCGGCGAUGUAGUGGCCCUCUUCAUGCAGAACCGGCCCGAGUUCUUCAUCACGUGGCUCGGCAUGGCCAAGUUGGGCGUGACGACGGCGCUGAUCAACACCAACCUGAACGGCAAGCCGCUGGAGCACGUGCUCAAGGUCUCCCAGGCGCGCACGCUGAUCAUCGGACCCGAGCAGCUGGACCACUUCGAGACCACCCGGCAGACUCUGAAGACGGUCGAUGAGGGCGAGUGGUCCGUGUGGGUCUUCCAGGGCCGCGAGGCCACCGCGCCCAAUCCGCUCGCGUGGCAGUGGGCCAAGGACAUGGACGUGCGACUCUCCGCGCACGACGAAUACAACACUCCGUCAUCGCUUCGCGCAGGCGUGAAGAUGGUGGAUCCGCUGUUCCUCAUCUACACGUCCGGCACCACCGGCCUGCCCAAGCCGUGUAAGGUGAGCCACAAGAAGGUCUGGGGCUACAUGCAGCUCUGGUACCGAUUCGCCAACCUCACCUCCAGGGACAGAAUCUACGUAACGCUUCCCGCCUACCACUCGAAUGGUGGCACGCUCUCUCUGUCGGCAUGGAUGGCGGGAGGAGCCAUCGUCCUGCGCCGCAAGUUCUCCGCCUCGGCCUUCUGGGACGACGCUCGCAAAUACCGUAACGGAUUGCGCGGAGACAUUUGGGACGGCUUCCGCAAGCGAUUCGGCAUCGAAACCAUUCUCGAAUUCUACGGCGCUACAGAGGGCAACAUCGGCCUUCUCAACUACAACGGCCGGCUCCCCUAUUUCCUGCGGCCGGCGGUGCCGUUCCGGCUGAUCAAGUACGACGUGGAGAACGACGCCCACAUUCGGACGGCCGACGGUUUCUGCAUCGAAUGCCCCGUCGGCGAGGUGGGCGAAGGCAUCGGCCGUAUCGACAACGACCCCAACAAGAUGACCGGCAACUUCGACGGGUACACGGACCCGCAGGCGACAAAGAAGAAGAUCCUUACCGACGUGUUCGAGAAGGGCGACCAGUGGUUCCGCACGGGCGACCUGCUGGCCAAGGACUUCCUGGGCUACUUCUACUUUGUUGAUCGCAUCGGCGACACGUUCCGGUGGAAGGGAGAGAACGUGGCCACGUCCGAGGUGGAGAUGGUCAUCAACUCGCUGCCGAACAUCGUGGAGGUCACCGUCUACGGCGUGCCGAUCCCCGGCAAGGAUGGACGCGCCGGCAUGGCGGCGAUCGCGCCCACGCCCGGGACGACGCUCGACGUGGAGCAGUACCUCAAGGUGGUCACCGAGCAGCUGCCGGCCUACGCUCGUCCGGUGUUUGUGCGCGUGAUGGGCGAGAUCGACACGACGAGCACGUUCAAGCACAACAAGGCCCACCUCGUCAAGCAGGGCUUCGACCCCGAGGCCAUCACGGACGCCAUCUACCUCGUGACCUACCCCGGCAAGCACACCGCCUCGGGCAGCUUCACCCGCCUCGACCGCCAGCUCGCCGACGCCAUCGCCCAGGGCAAACACGACAUCUGA